AUGACAUUUGGUAUUGUUUUCGAUAUUGAUGGUGUUUUGAUGAAGGAUGGUGUAACUAUACCAACUGCAAUCAAAGCGUUGAACAUGUUACAUGAUCCCGAAACAUCCGAACCUCGCAUUCCCUAUGUAUUCGUUACAAACAACGGUGGUUUCUCAGAGAGAGAUAAAGCGAAAAAGAUAUCAAUGGUUUUGAAAUAUAAUAUCGAUGAAGAUAAGGUAAUGGUUGCACACACUCCAAUGAAACCAUUGACUGAAAAGUUUGCAGAUAAGAACGUGUUGGUCGUCGCCAGAAAGAAGGAGACAGCAGAGGGUUUGGCACGUUGGUAUGGAUUCAAGCAUUUCACAUCGAUUCAAGAGUAUGUUGAGAAGAGACCUUAUUUGUGUCCAGCCAAAUACUCAAAGUUCUGGACUGAGGGCAUUGCUAAUGACUAUGGUAUCAAGGAGGAGAGUGUCGACAACUCCAUUCCUUUCGGUGCAGUGGUGAUGUUUGAGGAACCUGCAGACUGGGGCGAGUGUAUCCAGAUCCUGACGGAUGUGUUGCAGUCGGCCGACGGUCUAAUCACCAAGGAUCACAUCAAUCUCGCCUCAAAACAAAUCGUUGAACUUCACGUCGCCAAUCCCGACUUUACCUAUGGUGGUGAGUUUGUACUGCCUCGUUACACCAUGGGUGCACUCAUUAAGUGUCUAUCCACCGUAUUCGAAGAGGUAGCCGGAUAUCCAUUGACUGUAACCUAUUAUGGAAAACCAUAUGAAACAACUUAUAAUUAUGCAAAACAAUUAUUAAAUGUGCAAUUAGAGAAAUUAAAACUAUCGUCGCCACGACAUAUCUAUGCAAUUGGAGAUAAUCCUCAGUCCGAUAUCAAGGGUGCGAAUCAACUUGAAUCUGAAGGAUGGGUCAGUAUUUUAGUGAGAACAGGUAUUUUCAAAGGUACUGAAAACGAUAAAGUAAAUCCAGCCAAAUAUGUAGUUAACGAUGUUCUCGAUGCUGUAAAAUUAAUAUUAGAAUUGGAAAAGAAUUAA